UUAUCAGUUAAUGGAUUGACUAGUCCGGUACCGGUCAUCGUGAAAAUGGAUGUCCGUCCACGAAAAUCGCCGGUCGAAGUUUCUAUUUCUCUAUCGAGUGUCUUGUUCCAUCGAUGAUCUUCUCACGCUUCGAGAGGGCUAUGUUGACAAGCUCUUCAUGUUCAUGAUUUAACUUCAACUUCAUUCCGCUUGGCCACAAGCAAACCUCUUAUACGAACAAGUAGUGGAACCGAAGUCGUCCGAGAGCAAGAGCGACACCGGUCUUCGCUCUUUAAUUGAG